AAGCACUGAACCGAGAGGCCUACUGACGUACCGCUAUUGUAAAGUAUUAUACCUGCUAUGAGCUCUGUUGGGCCUGCAUAUCAAUACUGCGCUUACAAGCACAGUCAAGAGAACUCGAUUGGGUCAAGAGCAAAAGCCGCCCCAGAUGUGUUACCGAAUCCUAGCGUAAUAGCAACAUCAGAAUCUGCUCUAGUUUUCCUAAACAGCGUUAAUUGCAAAACAGGUUUCGAUAGUUUCGUGUUUGUAAGUACAGAGCACCGUGGUUCAUUUCCCCGUGUAAUCACAAGAAGCAACUCGCUGAAACGUGGGCCGCCAGUCGGAGAUAUUUAGAGAACUGAUACGAUGUUGAAGGUUGCCGUAUGCAUUUUGGUUGUGACUUGUUCGUUUGAAUCAGGAUUUAGUCAAGACCCAACAGAUAUUAACCAUGGUUGUUAUUUUGACCAUUCUCAACGGGCACUGACGGAUCUCAUCACCUGUGAUGAUGCAAGGGAUUCGUGUCAUUCGUCGUGUGGAAUUGAGCAUUCUUACUGCCAAAGCACGGGAAUGACCAUUGAUCUCUGCAGGUCUCUCUGCAGGAUAAGAAACCUCCGAUAUUACGCUCUGGAAGCCGGAAAACAAUGUUUUUGUGGAGGUGCCCUCUCAAAUCCAUUUGCAUACGGAAGGGCAGAUGGGGCUACAACCAACUGUUCCCAUCCUUGCACUGGUGAUGUAAAUAAAACGUGCGGUGGGGAAUUCAAAAUGCAAGUCUAUGAAUUUAGAGGUCCAGUGGAUGGCGCGGACUGUUUCCAUCCAGGUUUUGUGGAGAACUCUUAUAUAUCGGAUGGUGUGGCCAUUACAACCGGAAAUAGGCUCAAUUUCAUCUGUCUGCCCUUACAUAAGAUUACUGGGGAGGCACAACUCCUUUGUCAGUCCAACAGGACAUGGGUACCUGCUGUGCUCCCAAGCUGUAGCUUCACCGGCGUAUCAGAAGAUACUACGACGGAGGUUGUAAAGACUACGCAAAUUUUGAGCACCGCUCAGACUACUACGGCAUCAGUGCCACUAACCUCUAUAACUGAUUUCCUACCAUACAUUAUCGGUGGCUCGGCUUUACUACUCUUCAUCCUGGUUGUGUGUUUAGUCAGCAUAUUUGUCUGCAAAGGAAGGAAGAGGUCUGGUAACUCUGGUCAAGAUAUUCGCCUGAAGCCUGAGGCAUCACCUGUUACGUUCAUCAACACUGGAUUCCAUAAUGAUGAAAACGAAGAAGCUAAAGUGGAAAUGCCAGAUAUCCUGUCUGAAGCCCGUAAUGCAUCCUCACCCAGUCCAUCCAGCUUUUACCACACGCAACUCUCAACAUUCUCAGAGGACCCUGUCUACUCUAACAACGAUGCAGUCCGUGCAAAUGAUACAAGUCCCACUACAUAUGCCAACGUGAAUGAGGGAGUACCAUCCACAGACAGCCCACCGAGUCCCAUAUACGCCAACUUUGAGACAGUCUUACCAGAGAGUAAUUCCGGAUAUACUAAGCGGUAUUCUGCUACCACAGAUCGACCAAAUCAAAAGCGUGGGUUGUCCUCCGACGAUCCUGUCGCAGUGCAUGCCACUGGGAAUCGCCGAGCUAAAAAGAAUGCCACAGGGACCAAAGACUUGGUUGGGUGGAGUCGACCAAGUUCUCUUUACCAGCGCACGACACUGGAUGACGAUGAUACUGAGUCCAAUGAGGACAACACAACCAUACAACCACAUGACCUUUCUGCCGCUAUCUACGCCCAAAUCGACAAAAGUCGGAGAAGUGAUUCCAGAGAAACUCUCAACUCCGAGCAUUCAGGAAACUCCUUCUUUGCUGACCCUGCCAAAUCAUCAGCAACAAGACUAUAGAUUUGAUGACGAUUAAGAAUUUCUUGGCAAUAAAAGCACUUGUAUCCCAUCGACAUCUGAAAAGUGUAACUUAUGUGGAUGUGUAUCUGUUGCUUAUGAAAACACCAAGAUUCGUCACUGGAAAAUGGGUCAAUUCGGGGUAUCAAACAAUUCGGAAAACAACCAAAUCCAUUUACCAUCCAUAUAGGGAUCAUUACAACUAUGACAGGUUUCCUAAGAUUUGGAGUAAGACUCCAUUCAAUUUGUGAAGAUUUGAUAUUCGAAUUGUCCGAGGAUUACUUGAUGAUGUUCAAAUCGUUUUACUUGCUGAUUUUUGUGCAAAUCAUUUCCCUGAUUGUGAUUCCAUUUGUCUUUAAAAGUCACGUGUCACGAUUCAUUGCUGAUGACUUUACUGUGGUUAUGCGUGUAACUACUACUCCUUCCUAUUCCUUUGUGAAGAAUUUAUGCACCCAUUAGAUUUUUUUGGCAAUAUUUUAAAACCAAGACAAAGAACGGGUGUUCAAGAUCUAUUCUUUGGAUGGAUCAUUGUAACAUUUAUCACAAAGUCCUUUUUUGUUCAAUGUUGCACGUUUUCCCUAGCUCAUUGUAAAAAGUAGAGCAAUUAUGUGUUUGAAAAUACGAGUGUAAACCUAUUGCAAGAAAUACUGUAUUUCUAGCAAAUACACGGCGUAUCAAAAUAUAGGAAAUCCAAAUUCAACCAUAAUUUGUAGGAAAAUUUCAGAUGUCUUAAUUUGCAAUAUAUGUCCCAAGAAAGGCCUGAAUCUAUUCUUUCCAAUGAAACCUUGAUUAUGUGCUCAAUGUUACGGUUAGACGAGUAACAAUGCAUCGUUGACCAGCAGGUGAAAGUUAGCAUAUGCUGUACAGUAGAUGAUACUUAGGCCAACGUACGCGCUUUUGAAUGUAUGUAAGCUAAUUUGUCACAGUGCAAAUUUCACCCGCUAGUCAACAAUGUGCAUUGUUACUCGUUCAACCUCGACACGAUGAGCACAUAAUUAAGGUGUCAUUGAAUAGAAGACAUUCAGGCCUUUCAGGACAUAUAAUGCAUUAAGAAAUCUGCAGUUUUCCUUUAACGUAUGGUUAAAUUUGGGUUUUCUUGAUGUUGCUACGCCCGGUGCAUGUAGAUACACCCAUCUGUGUCACGAAAGACACAGCUUUUUAAGUUAAUGGAAUAUUUCUUUGUUAAGAGGUAUUAAACUUUGAAGGUUGUACUCUAUUACAAAUUGCCAUAAAAUAAACACAAAACACUGGAAAGCUGAUACUGAGUAGGAAAAAAGUGCGAUCGUAGGUUCGAGAGCUGCCGAUAAUCAACCAAUGUAGUUCUAUCAAAACCGCAGAGGUUAAGCAUUAAGAUUUUCUAAUGUUCCCAUAUAAUUAUUCGUAUUAUAGUGCAUACUUUCAAACAAACAUAAUCGUAUUUUCUAUAGUCAUUUGUUAAAUAUUUUAAUCCUUUCCAUAAAUGGACAUUUAUGUAAUUAUUAUAAUCAGAUCUGCAGAUUUCGAUAAAUUUAUGGACUUGUGUGUAGAGAUAGAGUUGAUUGUAAAAUUUUAGCAUAGCUAUCCUUUAUUAUUUAGGCUUAAAUGCAUUAAUAAGUAUUAAUAUUCGAUUAAUCACAAAUGUAAUACAAACAGUAUUUUACUUCAACCAUUUUUAUAUGAACAAUUGAAAGAGUAAAGCUAUAUACACGUAAAGAGAAAAUGAACUAGAAACUUCACAUGUAGCUUUUUUCCUAUACAUCAUGCACCAGCUUCGAUUUCCUAUAUCACCCAAUAACUUGAAAACACAUCGAAAUUUUGGGAAAUGUCAUUUAUACAAACGAUAUUUUUCCCUGCUGAAAAUUUGAUACAUUAUCUGAUACUAAAAAUACCAGGAUAAACUGAUCACCGCCUUAAAAAGCAUCGCACCUUAAAAGGCGUAGUCUGUCGGUGAAUCAUUGAUUUCCAUGGUUUAAUUAACUUUACAGCUGUUCGUUUGGCCCUUUGUCAAACAAUAAAAUCUGAUUUCGCAGUA